GCGUCUAAUGGCUCUGAUUUUACAUUGUAGUUACUUAAAAGCCUGGUGUGUCCCACACAAACACUGAAGGGUGCCUCGUGCCUCGGUAUCGGACGCUGAGGGGUGGGUCAGAGCGUCAGUAUUUGACGCCCUGGGAAUGAAAACGGGCUAAUCUGUGAUACAAUGUCUCUUAUAAAUGAAUGUUCGAUUGUUAUUAUGAAUGUUAACAUACUGGCUUCUUUAGUUUAAAGUACUUUACGUUAGGAGAUAUCGUUGUAGGCCUGUAUGUGUUAACGGUUUAUUCGGGCUCUGGGACUAAAUGGUUUAUUGAUUGAUCAAGAAAAUAAUCAAUAAUGAAACUUACUAGUUGUAGCCCUAGCAGACAUGCAAGGUAUAGUAUUAGUAUUAUUGUAUCCACUGUCCACAUCGGAUGUUAUGAGACGAAAGCCAUCAGUCUGCUUAACCGUAGCCUCUGUAGUGUAUUGUAUUGAUAUUAAAGUGAUAUUAGGAUUUUAACAGUGUGAUGGCUGCAGGCGGGACUUCCCCUGGAUUUGCCUCCGUCUGGCCGCUGGUUGCCUCAAUGUCACAUCUUGCAACAUCUGCAGCUGAUCCGCGCUCACACAGGAUGUGAACAUGUAUUUCCUGUGGCGCUCCCUCUCUGCUGCAGGUAUACACUCUGGGCACUCGUGGUGAAACCAGUUCACACAUACUAACACACUUCAGAUACCGCUGUACACACACACAGAGAUCGUGGAGGGGUCACGGUUUCAUAUAGUAUAGUUCAGCAGAUGCUUCUAUGUCGGCGCCGUGGCGGUCGCAGCGGUGCCGGGCAGUUAAAUAUCAGCUGGGGGAGGGAGAGUUGACACAACAUGCAAGGUCAGUGUUAACGACGCUGUCGGGGUAAAACUGUGUGACCUAAGUUAGGAUGUGAAACGGAAAGAGGUACCAAAGGUUUUAAAUUUCUUUUGAUCUUACUUUUUUUUAACAUGUGUUCUUUUCAGAUUAGUGUUUGAAAUACAAUCUACUUGGAUUCAUUCUUGUACCAGUGGCACAGUGAUAUUUUUAUUUUCUAAUUUUCAGUUUAUAUCCAGCAGCAUCUUGUCAUCCCUCCUGGUGUCCCACCUCCUCACCGCCUGUAUCUAAAUAAAUCCACGAGGCUCUAUAGAGUCAACCUUGUCCCCGUCUUCCCUUUUAUAUAAACCACUAAAUGAUUUUGCCAAAUAUGAUUUGGUGGAAACACUAUUGCUGUAUGGAUUACAUUCAGUGGCAAUGCUUCCAGUGCAAGAGUUGUUCGGGUGUUUUUCACUGCAGUAGGUGAAGGCGUUCAGGUGAACUGGUUGGCACUGGAUACUUUCCCUAACCCGUAACCAGGUGAAGUGAGUUACCAAAACAGCAGCGUGUGGAAGAAAUAGAAUAGAAUGUGCUGCAUGCUGUUGAUUUGAUUGAUUAAUCAUUAAAUGACUAUUCAAUUCCUUUCAAAAAGAAUGACCAGAUUCAGUGAUAAUGAAAAUCACAGUUCUUUUACAGUUAGAGUUUUGCAGUUAAUUAAAUGUGUGAAAAGAUCUUCAAUUUGAUGACAUGCAGCAUUUUAUAAUUAACUGUGUUAACAGUUUUAACACCCAUAACCAAAUCACACAAUCGGUUCAUCUAUCGCUUCAUGUGUAUUUCUGCUUUACUGCGUCACUUCUAGAUAAAAACAGCAAACUGAAAGAAAAGGCUUCUCUUCAUAAUGAAUAUAAGACUUAAGGUGGCCUGAAAAAUAUAUAUAAAAUUACUGAAAUGAAAGAACCAAGGUUUUUGUCUAAAAAUCCUUCAGACUCGGUCGUACACUGCUGCAGAGCAGCGAUUUGGUGUACUGAUGCAGAUCUAAUGGCAUAAACAGUGAAAACAGAACCGCUGCGUUCAUAUUUGUCAGAAUGAAAUGUUCAAUUCCUCCAUCCUCCACUGAUCCAGCCAGUAUUUUUGUCUCCUUUCCCUCCCCUCGCCUCCCUCCCUCCGUCUCUCUGCAUCUUUUCCCUCUUUUUUUUUUUUUUUUCUCAUUGUGAACAGCUUACUGCAGUAUCCUUAAAGUCCCUGCAUGUGUCCUGAGUUGUCCUCUCUUACCCGGCAUGCACCGCAGCGAUGUGGUGCUCUAUCGGCUCAGGAUGGGCGCGCACUUUUGAUGUGGGGAGCAGGAGGGAGGGGGGGGGGGGUGCAGGCAGACGCUAUGAUGCUGCUUUAUACACUCGUUUCAAUGGUUUCCCUCGGUGCCCACUGCUGUCAUCAAUUUGAAAAGGGCUUCUUUUUUUUCAUCCACCCUUUUUUUUGCUGUCUUUUUUUUUUUUAUUGGGCCCCUGAAAUUGUGUCCAUGAGGCUGGAAAAAAAGGAGGGGAAAAAAAGACCUCGGUUUUGCUGCAAACAGAGUCUGCAAGCCGGCGCAUUGUCCUCAUCUGACCCACACUGGCUCAUACAGGCGAAGGCAGAGACUGUCAGACUGAAAGGGAGGGAGGGGGUGUGUGUGUGUGUGUGUGUGUGUGUGUGUGUGUGUGUGUGUGUGUGUGUGUGUGUGUGUGUGUGAGAAAGGUGGUGGUGUUAGUAAGGCAAGAGAUGCAUGAAAUUUUUAUAUUUUUCUCAUCUUCAUUUGCAGAAUGCCUAUGUUGCACAUUGUUUUCUGUAUGUUCACAACAUAAGCCUCUGCGUCUCUCACACACACACACACACAAUUUGCUCUGCGGUUGUAAUCUUCCCUCAUAUUUAUUCUCAUCAUACAUUUUGGCAAUAACUCAGUUAGUGUCGGAAACAAUUAGUCAGUUAAUUGAUGAGUAAAUCAAUAGAAGAUUGAUCAUCAAUCAUUUUGACAAUUGAUUCAUGAUUUCAUGCAAUAUUAACAAAAUGUUCCGACGUUUCAAAUAUGAGGAUUUACUGCGUAUCGUCAUUGUUGAUUUAGACAAGAUUGACGUGAUUUUUUUUAUUUUAUUUUGAUGACCAAUUAACCAAAUGCUGAGUUUCUGUUCAUUCUGUCUUAAAAAUAAUAUUCUAUAUUAUGCCAUCAUCAGCUGAUCUAUAAUGGAUUUCAAUUCAUCAACCCUCACUAGUCCACAUCUAUUACAUUACAUAUUAAUCCAAAGGCCAACACUGACUAUACAGACUCAUGAAAUCACACUUCCUUACAUAAAUUCCUUUAUAAUUCUCAUUUAUCUUGCUUCUUUGCAAUAACAGUAUAUCAUAUGAUGAUGUUCUACUACCUCUCCCAGAAGAAGAAGAAAGUUCUACUUUUUAAAAUAGUUUUCUUCCCCAUGAAAGCUUUAUCCCUGAGCAGUCCCACAAAGUUUGAAGGAGAGUGCCAAUCAAUGAAUCAUUUAGUCUUUAAAAUGUCUUGUUUUAUUCAACCAGCUGUCUAAAAUAAUGUUAAAUUUACGACGAUAAAGCAAAAAAAAAAGUAUUUAAUGCUCCUAUUUGAGAAGUCGGAGGCAAAAGUUUGGCAACUCACUAGUGCGACAUCACAUUUAUUUUGGACUGAUAGACAAAAGCAGCAAUGUGAAGAUAGCACCUUGGUAUUUUGGACAUUCUGAUGAGUAGUUUUCACUGUUUUAUGGCCUUUUUAUGGACUGAAUGAUUAAUCUACCAGUCAAAGUUGUGAACAGUUAUAGGUGGACUGGACACAAGUUCUGAAGCUCCGUGAGCUCGUGAGGGGACCUUAAACAUAUCACAUAAUCUUCAUCAGCAGAUGGAGUAUAAAGUUAUGUUUCUAAGGGAGAGUUUUCAAGAUGAACUCCAUCCGCUGAUGCUGAAAGCUCUGGAAAAAACGGCUCAUAAAAGGUGAAGACUGAACUUCGAUGCUUGAGUGCAAAUUUCAUGAGAAAACUAAGAUGACCCAUUCCGUGGAACAUUGUUUGAAUGUAGUGUUUUUACUGCAGUAUUAUGACGAAUAUCGGUGUCAUCGUGUAACAUCUUCACAUAAUGUUUUCAACACUUUGUAGAAUUAGCACAGGUAGUGAUUACAGCCGUGACUCAUUUUGGUCCCAGCUGUUUCCUCGGGUGCUUGACUCAGACCAAUUAUGUCACUUAUCUUUACCUUUGUGCUUUCUUCAUGUAGCUCUGCUCACUGGAAGGUGUCGUGUCCUUGAGGGUCGGUCUUGACAGUCUUCUGUCUUCUUGUUUCCUCUCCUCAACUCCCUAUAACAGUGUUUGUUCCUGAUGCAUAAUAUUUACGUGGUUGCAUAUGAAUGUUUUUCUUAGAGGAGCUGUUCAUCUUUAGUGAGGAUAAUGUUAAGUUUGGGUUCAGUAAUGGACUCGCUGCCUCCAGCAUUGACUUGGCUUUCUGCUUCCUUGUGCUUUAAUGGUGAUUUUUAUUUUGUGUCUGAUUCACAGAUGUGUGCCAUCAUUGAAGUUCAGUUUUCACUCUGACCUUCAUGUUGUUACUUUCACUUUUUUCAACACACAACACUGUUUUCUGAUCCAAUCUCCUUUGUGCUGUUGAAGAUGUAAUGAAUUUGCUUUCAGGUUACUGUUGAUACAAACCAAACAUGUUCUGCUGCUUUACCUUAAAAGCCUACAAAACUAAUUAUAUGCUUGUACUAUACGUAACAUGCCCCAUUGAGGUACGUCCUGUGUCUACGCCCUUUAAACUACCUAAAUGUCCCCCUCGCUGUCCCUGUUCUGCAAGUUUUGCAAACCCGUGUUAUUCAAGCUAUUCUUUUUUUCGGCUAUGCACGAGAACAGUCUACGCCGCUGUAAACAGGCAAGAGGCCAUCUGUCGCAAAGCGCGUAUUCCCGGUGCACUGUAUACAUGUCUGAAGAAUGCUCGUAAAACCUGAUUAAUUGGACUAACUUAAUCUGAAAAUGCUACAUUCAGAUUACCGCUUGUCAUGGUCUUGGGUUUUUGCUAAACCUGUUUCCUGUUUUAUUUUGAAAGUUUUCCCAGGAUAUCAGUUUGAAACAUUGAAUGGAAGAUUAAAUACAAUGAUUAGAUUAGGAGCUGAAGAGGAGAGUUUAAAGAUAAGAAACACCUUUCCUGCUGUUCCUAUCACAUGGAAAACUGGGGAGGGGCAGAUUAAAACCUAAAGUACCUUUUGCUACUGAUACUAAAUCUUGUGUCGAGCGUCAAUACUAGAAAUAUGUCUUAGGAUCGAUACAAAGAAGUGGAAAUGUGUCUCAUUAGAUCACUUUUCUCAGUGCAGCACUCUGCUUCUCUGCUGCUGUUGUGUGCAUGCACAAAGCAAUCACCUCGUUCAUUUUUGAGAAUCAACACAAACAUUAAAAACUGUGUUUAAACAUGCAUGUUCUCACGCCAUUAACAGAAAAUAAUACAGCAGAAGUUUUGCAAAUAUGGUAAUGAGUGAUGUAUAUAAUAAUCAUAAUCCUGACACAUGGCUCUCCCCAACAUGAGAGCACUGUGUGUGUGUGUGUGUGUGUGUGUGUGUGUGUGUGUGUGUUUACAUUGUCAGAAGAAAAGAAAAGUUAUUGCAUAAUUUCUGUCUCUUUCUCUGUAUUGUAGUGAAAAAGAAAUACAGAACGUGUCACUGCAAAACCACGAAAACCUUUCAUUUUUGCAGAUCCCCCUCGUGCUUUGUGGUGGCUCCUCACGGGGCCUUUCUCGAUGGAGUAGCGUGGUUUUCUUAAGCGCUCCAGCUUUCUGCCCAAACAGAAACACUUAGACACGGUCCUGGACCAGCGCACUGGGCUUGGAUCAUAAUGAGGUGCAUUUCUGCCCCUUCAGAACCAAGGAUCUUUUGGGUCUCUUUCCCCAUCGUGAAUCACCAAAGACAAGGGCCAUUCAAUUGGUAAAACAACCCCAAAAUAAACUGUGGAUUCAAAGAUUCCGCCAGCCAACGGGCUCUAGAUUGAAGCCUGAGGCAGCAGAAUAUAUUUUCUUUCGUGAUUCAUGGUGACCACAGUUACCACAAAGUCAACUGCUGCGAAACGCCAACCUAAGUACAGACAUUAAGUUUUAUGGUUUUAAUCAUGACCCAACAAACCUCGAUGCUCUUUACUUUUAUCAUGAUAUUCAUUUCUGUUUCAAAAUAUCCCCCCGCUUUAUAUGUUGAUAAUAUGCAAAAGAAGCAUCUUAUUUCUGUUUAUAACUGAUUGGACAGAAGGGAAAAAGCCGCAGUUAUGGAGGGCAUUUGAAUAUUUGUUUACCUGCGGCGCUUUUUGACCGUUUCUCCAAAAGAAAAAAACAACACAAAGGCACGUCGGGUGCCUGAAGCACAACGACAGCAGAGUGCAAAAAAAAAAAAAAUGCUGUUGUAAACAACUGGAUAGAGGCGCCUCUCGCUGCAGAAAAGGUGAUGCGGGUGAUCGUCCCCCGAAGCUACUGUUGCUAAUAUGAGCAGAACACCCGGCAUGAGAAACAAAGGGAUCAUAGCAUGUUUGUGAGCUUUAAAAGCAAGUCAUUGCAUUUCUGACCACAUUCUUGCAUCUUUCCAGAGCACAAGUUCACACUGCAAGUUCUGUCCAUCCAGACAGAGUACUGAUUCUUGCGAAUUAGUAGUGAAUUGAUUGGAGCACACGGUGCUGAUCACACUGGACACAUGAAGUGGGGACUCGGGAGUUAGGAUCACAGGCAAAAGAGCGCCUUGCAUUCAUUAAUAUUUCCAUAGACCACUUGACACGCCCGUGGAGGAAAAUACUGAAGAGGAGCUCUGCCCUACCUCUCCACUUUAACUUAACCAUUUUACACCAUUACAGCCACGCGUGCAGACUGUCGUACGGAUGUCUUUUGUGGACUGUCUCCAGGCCACAGACACAGGGCCCAAAUGUCAUUUUAGCUCACUUUUCCUUAGUCUGAACCAUUCAUACUUUUAGCUCACUGCACUGGAAAAGAUGAAGACUAACAGCAAAAGUGGAUGCUGAAAGCGUGCGUCACAUUGUCAAAUAUAACUCGGAUCACCAUGGAAACUGAGUAACAGUGUAUCAGUGGGUGGUUCUCUUUUUUCCACACACACUUUCUUUUCAUUUCUCUCCUUGUGUCUCUCUUCACCAACAUAUAUACACACACACAUUUCUGGAUAAUAGCAUCACAGUCUGAAAAUGUUUUGGAAAGUGCUGCUGGCUUAUCUGGGUUUUUUUGACUUGUAAAGUUUGGAAUCAAGAACAUGGAAGGCAUUCGAUGAAUUGCAACUCCUUUUUCUUUGUCCACUCCCUCCGGCUGAUGGCACUGGAGCUUUUUAAGCACUUCCUUUCCAAUCCAGGUGCACCUCGUGUAGCAAUGCAGGUACACCUGGGCAGAGCUUCUAGAGAGGGAAGAAAGGGACGGCACAGGGAACAUACACAGCCGUAACACAAGCCAUUUCAGUUUCAUUUCUAUUCAUUUUAUGAUGUUGUUAAACUACUUUACAGGAGUUGUUUAGCUUGUACAUAGAAGCUGUUGCCUGGCUUCUAUGAUGAUAGAUUGCAUUCGAGGAUGAAAAGGCAUUAAGUGUGUAUCUACUUAUAUGGAUUAAUAUCUAAAAUCAGAGUGCAGGAGAUUUUUCAGUGGAAAAUUCACUGAUUUAUAAUGUAAUGAAUUAUGUGCACUCGUAUAUACAACUCAUUCAUUUUUCUUGGGGAAACAUGUUCUGUGCAUUGCUUGUUCUUUUGCAAUUUUGGUGACUUAAGUGGGUCCACUUUUAGCAGACUAAAUUUGGAAAUGCAUUCUUUCCUCUUUCAGUGUUCAUCACACCGCUAAAUGGUGCAUUUUAAAACCACUGUCCACAGUGUGGAAAUACCUGCAUUAGCUUCUUAAAGGGGCCCUGUGGCGUUUUCUUGUCCACUAACAAGUUUAGUUUUUAUGCAGUACUAUUCAGAGACACAGUAAAACAUUUGCAAAAGUUUAUUAUUAUUUGUUUUUUUAACAUCCAUGUUUACCAGUUGAUUGUCUGCCUUAAAUGGCGCAUUACAGCAUAUCUAGGUGUUACCGCCACCUGUUGAUCAGUGGAAAAGUGUGUAUUCUGUAAAUAUCCUGUAUUUAGCAGGCAACAGCUUCUAUGUACAAGCUAAACAACUCCUGUAAAGUAGUUUAACAUCAUAAAAUAAAUAGAAAUUAAACUGAAAGUGUUUGUGAGUGAGAGAGAGAUCCAGACCCACUGACAGAAAGGCAGAUCCAUAACAUUUCUGAAAGUCUAAAACUCCACCUGCAACUUUUAACAAAAUGUAUUUUUGCCAAGAAAUCGAAUCUAUUAGAUUAUGAGAUUUGUGUAUACACUAUUUCUAGUGCAUCCACAGAGAUGUUGUGUGCCUUUGAUUCCAACAGGUGGUUAACUAGCUGCCAAAACAUGUGUGCGUGCAUAGAGGUCGCAGGACAAUUGUUGUGGGUUUUGACAGUCUGCUCAUUUGUCAUCCCCACAUCUGGACCCAUGUAAUGAGUCCUUUCCUUUCUAUGCUGCACGUUAAUUGCUGCGAUGUGGGUUCAAUGCAGCAUCUCUAAAAAGAAGUCGGACAGCUCACAGUGUUCCCGCGUCAUGAUAGUUGUUAAACAGCAUUCCAGCACAAGGAAGGUUUUUAAAAACAAGUUAUGGCGCCGCUGCUUUGUAGUAAUGAUUUUAUUGUGUGUUCCCAGGUCUCGUCAACAUUCUCAUAACUAAUGAUGGCUAAGACUGCACAAAUAAUGAAUAAAGCGGCGUGUUGAGUGUUGAUGGAGAGCAGGAGGAGACGGAACUGAGCUUUAACCGGCUGAGACUCGGCCUCUGCAAACAAAUAAAUACAAAUCAGACCUGAAGAGAAUAUGAACAAGCAAAUGUGUAAAUUAGCAUUACACACAAAUAGGACUUGAUUAUGUUGUACUGUUGUGUAUAGACAGUAUUAUUAAAACAAUAAUUCAGACUAAAAGUGCGGCGUUGCAUUUGCCCCAGAUGAGUUGCGUAUGUGUGCGCACGUAUCUGUGUGCACACUUGUUUGUGUGGACAAGUGUGUUGAUGUUGAAGAGUGCUACGGAAACAGCAUGGAGGGAGGAAAAGCAUUCCCAUUAGAGUGCCCAUUAAGUCUGAUUACACGUGAUUGCGGUCUGUCGGAGAGAGAUGACCAGCCCAUUAAUGACAUAAACAAAUGCUUUCCCUUCUCACUCUCGUCAUAGGAAAACCCCCUCCUUUUUUUUGGUUGGUCUUCUUCUUCUUCUUCUUCUUUCUUAACAUAACUUCCAUUGAUUUUUGGCAAAACACCAGACUUGGAUUCCAACCCAAGCAUUUCUGCUUCCCUGCACAUUUCGUUUUGUCAUAGUUGCUUUAUUUAUGGCAGAAUUCCUUCCAAAAUGUCGUUUUUCUCGGCUGACGCACACAAAACAAAAAGAUAUAUUGACCUAUUCGAGGGUCCAAAAGAGAAAAUAAAUGUAUACCGGGAUAUCUUCGCCCUUAAUGCAGCGUAUUAUGUGGUAUUUGUAGUGGUAACCACAUGUGGCAACCACCAGAGGUUACUUUAAAGCCGCUGUGGGAGUUGCUGUGUUGAGGAUAGUGUUGCAUAUAGGUCAUCUGAGCCGGAUGUAGUGAUCUGACUACAUCCUGCCACACGUACUCGGCACAAUAGGCAUUAAAACUGGUGUCGGUGCUUCACUGUGACAUAUUUACUUCCUUUAAAUAUCCUCUUCUGGCUUAUGAUUUCAACGAGACAGUGAGGUGUUUCUCUCGGGGAGCUCAGCAGCUCCUCAGCGCUGCCUGGAGUCAGACUUCACCACUUCCUCUGCUAGGUAGGUACCCAGAUGUCUGAGGAGGCUCUGAGGAUGACGUCUUGGCCUUGAACCCCACCAGCAUGUCAGAGCCAGCAGGAAAUUGCUCCCCCGGCUGGAAAGAUGAGGCCAUUCAAAAUGGGUACAUUCCAAGCUACCUAGACAAGGAUGAGCUAUGUGUAGUGUGCGGGGACAAAGCCACGGGCUAUCACUAUCGCUGCAUUACCUGUGAAGGUUGCAAGGGUUUCUUCAGGCGGACGAUCCAGAAGAAUCUCAACCCGACCUACGCUUGUAAGUACGAGGGGAAAUGCGUCAUAGACAAAGUGACCAGAAACCAGUGCCAGGAAUGUCGCUUCAAGAAGUGCAUCAUUGUGGGAAUGGCCACCGACUUGGUGUUGGACGACGGCAAAAGGCUAGCCAAGCGGAAGCUAAUCGAGGAGAACCGGGAGCGUCGUCGGAAGGACGAACGGCAGAAGACGGUGUUGGACCGACAGGAGCCCACCCAGGAGGAGUGGGACCUCAUCCGUAUGGUGACUGAGGCCCAUAUGGCCACGAACGCGCAGGGUAACCACUGGAAGCAGAAGCGGAAAUUUCUGGUCGAGGAAGCUAUGCUUCUUAAUGAAAUAACAUGUAAUUUAUUCUAUACUUCUGACCAGAGUGCAGCGGGGGUGAAGGAAACUAAGCCCGAGGAUAUUGGUCAAGCGUCCAUGGUCAAUACACCUGAAGGAAACAAAGUGGAUAUAGAAGCCUUCAGUCAGUUUACAAAAAUUAUCACCCCUGCCAUAACCCGAGUGGUGGACUUUGCCAAAAAACUGCCAAUGUUUUGUGAGCUGCCUUGUGAAGACCAGAUCGUCCUGUUAAAAGGCUGCUGCAUGGAGAUCAUGUCACUGCGAGCUGCUGUUCGCUAUGAUCCGGAGAGUGAGACCCUCACGCUCAACGGCGAGAUGGCAGUCACGAGGGGUCAGCUUAAGAACGGAGGACUGGGCGUAGUAUCGGAUGCCAUCUUUGACCUUGGCGUGUCGCUGUCCUCCUUCAACUUGGAUGACUCGGAGGUUGCCCUUCUACAGGCUGUCAUCCUGCUUUCAUCUGAUCGGUCGGGCCUGAGUAGCGUGGAGCGAAUAGAACGCUGCCAGGAAGAGUUCCUGCUGGCCUUUGAACAUUACAUCAACUACCGCAAACACAAAGUGGCGCAUUUCUGGCCCAAGCUGCUAAUGAAGGUGACGGACCUGCGGAUGAUCGGCGCCUGCCAUGCCAGCCGAUUCCUUCACAUGAAAGUGGAGUGUCCCACCGAGCUAUUCCCUCCUCUCUUCCUGGAGGUCUUCGAGGACUGACCAAUGGAUUUUAGUAUGCGUGUGUGCGUGCGUGUGUGUGUGUGUGUGUGUGUGUGUGUGUGUGUGUGUAUGUGCGUGCAUACGUCAGCGCCUGGGCACCCUGGUGGUCUCGGAAGGAACCAGCCGGAGGCCCGUCACAAUGAACUUUCUAUUAGCACUACUGAGUGUCACUUCAUUCCAUAGUUUAGGAGUAGCUCUCUGGUGUAGUUUUGGAUGGAACCAUUCCUUACAGUGCGGGUACAUGUGAAUAGCAUUUUGUUCUUUUAUUUUGGUUUGUUUUGUUGUUGUUAUUGUUGUGGAUAUAACCUCUCACCUCGGAUUUUAUUAUAUAUUUUUUUGAUGAUUGUACAGUUGGCAUAAUGGUGAUUUUAUCAACACUUGCUCAUUCAUUAGAAACCAUGAAAAUGUUGUAUUUUCCUUCCUUUAUGUUGAAAUACUCAAAAUGGCUCAGAAAAUAAGUAAUUGUUGGAGACCCGUCAGCCGUUCUCCCACCUACUCGACUUUAUUGGAGCCUAUUUGUUAGUAUAUUAACUGUCAUAUAGUCGGUCAUCCACAUGGUGAGUGUCUGAACUGUGACCUGACCCAUUAACAGCAACACUCACUCUAAUGGACAGCAGCUCACAGGCCUUUAUAAGUCUCCAAGUAGCCACACAUCACGACGUUAAGUGGGAAUGCGGCGUUCCAGAAAUGUCGGAAAAAUCUGAAUUUGCAACAGAACAGCAACUCUAGGCAGAGAGUCGAUAAAGAAACCUGGGUAAGAUCUUGCUACAAUACCUUUUCUGAGAUAACAUUAUUUGAUGUCACAUCUAAGUGGCAGCAUACACUUCUAACACUACACAACAAUACUGUUUGUAAUCCUCGAAACCCACCAGUUCAGUAAAGUAUGAGCAUAAUCCUGCCCUUUUCUGUAGGUAGCUAAACAUGGAAGUUUGAAUUGUGAAGACUAGCAAACAUUGCUAAAUGUCAUAGACGCCUUUAGCUGAUGCACUACAACACAUUCGCCAUGUAAAAGAAGAAAAACAAAUUUAUGAAAUGAAAAAAGGUCCAAUUUCUUCCAUUUAUUUUGCAAAUGUAUGACAUUUUUGGAGGAUUGGUUGGACAAAAUAAGCAAUUUGAUGCCAUCAUCUUAACCCUUUGUGUCAGGCAAUUUCCCUUUUUUUGGGGAUAUUUUGCAAGACGAUUAAUUAACGAAAAGAUUAUUAAAGGAGAAGAAUCAGUGCAUUCAUCGAUAAUCAAAAAUAAUAGUUGCAUCCUAAACAAAUGCAAUUGUAUAAGCGGAACGGUGGAAGUAUUGAUCCAUGGCCCUAAUACUAGCUGCGUUUUAAAAAGAAUAACAAACUGUACCUGGGCCGAAGAAAAUCUUGCUUUAGUAAAUGUGUUUUGCCUUUAUUUUAUUUUUUUCAAACGGCCAGAGAAACACACAGCCGUUGUAAGUUCUAGCCUACCCGCUGGUGAUUCAGACUUCCGACAUUGAAAGGAACGCAGCAGGAGCAUUAAAAUGAGCCUGUUCAUCAUUGCCAGAGACUGGUCAGGACUAACUAAAGCACAUAAAGGCACUGAUGUCAAGAAAGGACAAUCGUAUAAGUACUCGUUUUUGUGUAACAAUGCCACGUGCUGUGCCAAAAUCAAGUAAAUGAUAUUGAAUCGCUGCUGGUUAUGCUAGUUAGUGCAUGCCGCUCACACAGAGUCGUCCCUCUGACUCGUGUUUUAGUCCACGUUUGCAGCUUCUACAAUAAAACCAGUAUGAGUU